GUUAGUUUGGGAAGCAUGCGGUAGGGGUGCGAUCGUUUCGCGCUGCGCACGGAGAAAGUGAUCUCUGAUCCGUUCAGUAUCAGUUCACUUCUGUUUGCCGCGACCGCUUCCAACGCGUCCGCCUCACGUAUCGUGCCUAUGACUUGACUUUGACUGCCGGUAUGUUCACGGGAUAAGUAGAUGUAAAGUGGCUGCCUGUGACACCCUCAAUUUUUAACCUAUGACACCGCCACCUUCAAUGCCAUGCUAUUUAUUCCACGGACGUACAGAUGAUCUGUAAUGCCUAUCACUGCCUAACUUAGCUUAAGACAUUCCUGAGUCCUUUCUACACAAGCAUCACGUCGCUAAACGACACAUCACAACGAAAGUCUGAUAUAUAUACAUAGAAACUAAGCAGAAAUAUGACAAAGGACGAAGAGCAUUUUGAAAACCACAAGAUGUUGGAGAUAUCCGAUAAAUCCAGCAACAACAACGAACUGCCAGAAGAACAAACCAACCUGACGCAAGACCUAGACGUAGCGUUCCAUCAAAGAAUAGAGUGCAAUGGUAGCCUAGUAGACGAUGACAGUGACAUGGAGUGCGGAUUAGGACCAUGCGCACCCAACUGGAUGCAAAAAUUCGCUUCCAAGCAGGCUUUCCUGCUCGUCUUUUGCAUAGCCUGGGUGCUGCAAGGCAUGUACCACACGUACUUCGUCAGUGCAAUAACCACCAUAGAAAAGCUAUUCCAAAUACAAUCGAAGAUCACCGGCAUCAUAAUGAGUGCCACGGAAAUCGGCCAAAUCGGUUCCUCGCUCCUUCUCACUUACUACGGGGGCCAAGGCCACAGACCCAAGUGGAUAGCCUGGGGCAUGGUUCUGUUCGCUGUGUCCUCCUUCACUUGCUCCUUACCCCAUUUCAUUUACGGCAAACAACUGAUCAACGCUAACGACUUCACCGGUAUAACUAAAGAGCCGAAUGUGUGCAGGACUCCAGCAAACAUCACCGUGUUGUUCCAGAGCGGUUCGGAUUUUUCUCUUCCUGAAAAUUUCACUGCCGGUAUUUCUUACGAUGCUCAGCAGUGUGAGGAGAGGAAGGCUACGGGUAACACUGUGCAGCCUAGUUCGACCAACAUUGUGCUGUCCAUAUUUUUCGUCAGCUUAUUGGGGGUCGGGAUGGGCCAGACUGCUGUGUACACCUUGGGCAUACCCUAUAUCGAUGACAAUGUAGCCAGUAAAGAAUCUCCUCUGUAUUUCGCCAUUACCAUUGGAGUAAGGAUAUUGGGACCAGCUUUGGGCUUCAUAGUGGGCUCUUUGUGCACCAGUGUAUACGCUGAUCUGUCGGUGGAUCCGAAAAUCGAUUCUACUGAUCCCAGAUGGGUGGGAGCAUGGUGGCUUGGUUUGGUUCUGAUAUCCGGACUGCUGAUGUUGGCGUCUUUAGCAAUGUUCACGUUUCCUAAGAGGCUGCAAGGAUCCAAGCAGGCUACCAGAGUACAAAAUCCUGAUAAAAAACAUCCCAGCAUCAAAGAUUUUCCAAAAACUGUGAAACGGCUGUUGAAAAAUGAUAUUUUGAUGUUCAGAACAGCUAGUAGCGUCUUACAUAUUCUUCCCAUAGCUGGUUUGUAUACAUUCUUACCGAAAUAUCUGGAAACUCAGUUCAGGCUACCUACGCCUUCGGCUAACAUGAUAUCAGGAGUUGGCGGCAUUCUUGUGAUGGGAGUUGGAAUCAUAAUAAGCGGAAUAUUUAUUUUAAGAGUCAAGCCGAAUGCUAGAUUUGUUGCAGGAUGGAUUGCAUUCACGGCAGUUAUUUAUGCGAUAGGAAUGGGUAUUUUGAUGUUCAUAGGCUGCCCGACAGACGAUCUAGCGGGACUGAUGGAUAACAAGUUCGACAUGCAGCAGCUGACUUGCAACUCGACUUGCGAGUGCAGCACCGACCGACUGACCCCCAUCUGCGGCGAAGACGGCAUAACCUACCUCUCCCCUUGCCACGCGGGCUGCCAGAACUACACGAAAAAGGACGGCAAGAUCGUCGAGUACUCCGACUGCAUGUGCCUGAAGGCCCCCGGGGGCGAGCUGGGAAAGGCCAAGAUCGGGUACUGCAACCUCGAGUGCAACAACUUCAUCCUCUACAUCGUGCUCUUCUCGAUAUUCGUGUUCAUCCACUCGACGUCAGAGGUGGGUUCAAUGCUUCUCAUCCUGAGGUGCGUCGACCCCAGGGACAAGGCGAUGGCCCUGGGGCUGAUCCAGUUCGCCAUAGGGCUGUUCGGCAACGUGCCGUGCCCCAUCGUCUACGGGGCCGUAGUGGAUUCCGCGUGCCUCGUGUGGAAGAUGGCUUGCGGAGAGAAGGGCGCCUGCGGCCUCUACGAUUCCAACGUGUUCCGCAUGUUUUACCACGGUACUACAGGGGCCAUUCUAUUAUGCGCAUUUUUCGUUGACAUAUUAGUUUGGUACAAAGCAGGAAGUAUCAAUUUCGUCGACGAACAAGUGCCCUUCGAAGAAGAACUGCACACCAUUACGGGAAAAAUAAAAAACGAGCCAGAAUAGCAAAAAACUACGGUGGAUAUACCACCAAAAUAUUGAAGAAGGUAGAUGUCCAUAUCUGUGUUGUAUAUAAAUUUUUUGUAUUAGAUUUGUGUAUAUUCUGCAUUGUUAUGAAACGAAGGAUUUUCGCCGGAUGAACCU